AUGUCAUCCUCCACCGAAACAUCACUUGAAAACUACGCAACCCUCCCACACCGCGAGCUCAACCCUACAGCCAAACAAACCAUCCUCCUCAUCCACGGUGCCUGCGGAGAUGGCAGCAACUGGAAUGCCAUAACACCCCACCUCACAAACUACCACAUCCUCGCUCCCGAUUUACCCGGUCACGGCAUAGCAAAAGACCACCCCUUCACAAUAACCAAAGCCGCAGCCGCACUCCACGAUCUCCUGCUCGCUCGCGCACAUGACCAAGUGGCUUACAUCGUAGGCUUCAGUCUCGGUGCCCAUGUGGCCAUACGCCUAGUCUCCCAUCACCCUACCAUCGCAACCUGUGUCCUGGUAUCCGGCUUCCAAGUCUUGUUUGGANNAACAAGCAGCAAGGCAUUCUCUGCAUAUCUGCCUCACGCAAUAUGGGCAGAACAGCGAUUGGAGUCUGCAAUCCCGCGCUCGUGGAUUCGCUGGGCGAUGGAUGGGAUUGAUAUCCCUCGCUCGGAUCCAAGUUUAUGUACAGUGGACUAUUAUCGUCAAGUCUUUGCUACCUCGCCUGAUGCGGAGAGAUGGCCAAAGCCGUGGCCGGCGAGGACGUUGGUUAUUGCGGCGGGUAAAGGUGGCUUGGUGCCUUCGAAUGAUAGGCCUGAAGAUUCGAGGAGGUUGGCUGGGAUUGGUCGUGAGGUCAAUGGUGCUACUAGGGCGGUUAUGCAUCCUGACAUGAGGCAUCCCUGGAUCUGGCAGGCUCCAGAACUAUUUGCAGAAACCACAAAGCUCUGGCUCGAACAGGGGACUGUCCCGGCAGGAUUUGUAUCCUUGGAUUGA